AUGCAACUUGAAACACAACUAACUGCCCUCAGAGCCGCAGAACUCCAACACAAAAAGGAUCCUAGCCCCGCCCUAACAGCCCAACUACAGACACACAGACAAGAAAUUCAGAAAUUUAUGGCACAAGACGCUAAAAAGGCACUUCAAUGGACUAGACAAAUAUUCUACGAGAAAACGAACAAGGCAGACACACUUUUAGCCCGCAGGUUCCGCCAACGGCAACAAUCCAAACAUAUCACCCAAAUACAAACACCAGACGGUCAACUACGUACUCUACCACACCAAAUAGCGACUGUUUUUCAAGAUUACUACGUCUCUCUCUACGACCACGACCCUGAAUCACGACAAGACCCCAACGCCACACGG